AUGAACCUUCUGUUCGAACUUGUGAAAUUGCAGCUAGCAGCUAUCAACUCCAAGAAGGUCAUAGCAAUGCCAACUACGUACGAUGCGGCUUUUAAUCCCGCUAAAGAUGUAAACGGAAUUCAUCCAGAAAAAUGGACAAAUAAACCAACAAACCAAGAUUUAACCAACCUCAAGCUUGAAAAUAAAAAGCUUGUCAAACAAAUUAAUUUGCUUGAAACAACAGUGAAUACACUUUGCAAGAAAUUAAAACAACAAGAAAAAGAGAAAGCUAGGCUUAAUGAUGAAUUUCAUACGAUGCGAUUGAAUGAUGAAGAUUAUAAAUGCCGUAUUUGUUUGGAAGUAUUUAUAAAGCCAAUUUUAACGAAUUGCUCGCACAUGUUUUGUGAAUAUUGCAUUGACAUAUGGUUGUCGAAAAGUGAUAAGUGUCCAACAUGCCAUGUUAUAAUGGAUGAUUAUUCAUAUUGUUUAAAUAUGGGCAACUUUAUCAAAAGAAUGAUGGAACAGAUGCCAGAAAAAGUCAAAAUGAAUUUCAAGAAAUUAGAAGACACCCGAUCUAAGUACAAACCAAAAAAAUAA